UGUUGUGUAGUGAGAAACCGGCAAAGCCUCGGAGCGGGAUACAUUGGGAUUUUAUAAAGGAAGCUGCUGGACAGAUGAAAACUGACUACGGGAAUAAGGGAAAAUGCAUUGGGAACAAGUACUCCGAUUGACAAAUGGCAAGAUUGAGCGGUUGGAGGUGAGUGGCUUGGCUCAGACCCCCCAGGCAGUGUUGUGUGGCGCUGAUGGGUCGUUCCUCGGGGGUGAAGAUGGCACCCCGGACCCCCAGCGCACCAAGCAGGCUAUCGCCCAGCUGCAGCAGAAGAUCCUCAAGCUCACAGAGCAGAUCAAGAUUGAGCAGACGGCCAGAGACGACAACGUGGCCGAGUACCUCAAACUGGCCAACAACGCUGACAAGCAGCAGAGUGCCCGCAUCAAACAGGUGUUUGAGAAGAAGAACCAGAAGUCCGCCCAGACCAUCCAGCAGUUGCAGAGGAAGCUGGAGCACUACCACCGCAAGCUGAGGGAGGUGGAGCACAACGGGAUCCCUCGCCAGCCCAAGGACGUCCUCAGGGACAUGCAGCAGGGCCUGAAGGACGUGGGGGCAAAGGUCACAGGUUUCAGCGAGGGCGUGGUGGACAGUGUCAAGGGAGGCCUCUCCAGUUUCUCCCAGGCCACGCACUCCGCCGCCGCCGGCGUCGUCUCAAAGCCCCGGGAGAUUGCCUCGCUGUUCCGCAACAAGUUUGGCAGCGCCGACAAUAUCCCCGGGCUGAAGGACUCCUUGGAUGAUCCGUCAGGGGGCGAGGAGGGGGUGACUGGGGCCGGGGGGAGUUCUCUGGGCAGCGCAGCGCACCACCAUCUGCAGUCCAGCCCCAAGUACGGCAGCGAGGAUGACUGCUCCAGCGCUACGUCGGGGUCGGCAGGGGCCAACAGCACCACAGGGGCUCCCGGAGGCCCCCCCAGCUCCAAGGGGAACACCCUGGAGAGGAGCCAGAGCUCUAGCCUGGACAUGCUGCUACAUGAGGUGCAGGAGGGCCAGGGAAGACUAGAGGAGAAUCUGGAGGGGCUGAAGAGUCACUAUCAGAGAGACUACACUGUCAUCAUGCAGGCCCUGCAGGAGGAACGAUUCAGGUGUGAGCGUCUGGAGGAGCAGCUGAAUGAUCUGACAGAGCUCCACCAGAAUGAGAUCCUCAACCUGAAGCAGGAGCUGGCCAGCAUGGAGGAGAAGAUAGCUUACCAGUCCUACGAGAGAGCCAGAGACAUACAGGAAGCUCUGGAGGCGUGUCAGACGCGUAUCUCUAAGAUGGAGCUGCAGCAGCAGCAGCAGCAGGUGGUCCAGCUAGAGGGCCUGGAGAACGCCACGGCCCGGACACUGCUGGGGAAACUCAUCAAUGUCCUCCUGGCCCUCAUGGCCGUGCUCCUGGUGUUUGUUUCCACUGUGGCCAACUGUGUGGUCCCUCUAAUGAAAACCCGCUCCCGGUCCUUCUCCACCCUCCUCCUCAUCCUCCUCUUCGCCUUCCUCUGGAGGAACUGGGACGCGCUGUCGGGCUACACGCACCGUGCCCUGCAGCUGCCCAGAUGACCGAAUAGAGACAUGUGUUUCUAUGACUAUGCACGAGGGUGGAUACUCUGUCCACACACACACACACACAGAAAGCAGGAAGAGCCUAACUGCCAAUGGGAUGUGGUGGUUGUCUUGACGGACGCUGAAGAAUUAGUCUAUCGGUUGAGCUCUGUGAGGCAGGAUUUGGACUGAGGAGAAAGUGAGGGAAGGAUGGAAGAUGAGAAUACCACUCAGUCAUGACUUUUGUUUAGGAAGGAUGAGACUUUGUUUACAUUCAGAAAUAGUGUUUAUUUCUUUCACGGGAUGCAUCGUCAUACUGUUUUUCUUCUAGGGGUUAAUCAAGUAUAUUAUUGUUGUUUAUUAUUUUUUCUAAUAAUAUAUUAUUUUUUACAUUUUAUUCAGUACCAUGUAGCGUUAAGCUCCUCCCACUCUGCACAAAGAGGAGCUUGUCAAGAAACUGAUUGGACAUUCACCUCAGAGGCUCAGGCCCUCUGCAGAUAAAUGGUACUCUGAUUUGGUUGCCUUUCAUAAAGAAAGUGCUCUACCGGUCUGUUAUUGGUAGAAAAUGAAAAGAUGAAUGAAUCCCCACCUCGCACUUUUUCCACCAUGAUGGAUUCUGAGAUGAAAAGGAACCUUUCUACAGAGUACUCUUUGUUUUCCGGACACAAAAGACUGAUGGACAUUACUUUGAGUGUCACGCUAAGAGACUUCUCGUGCUUCCGUACUGUUUCUACUAGCAAUGAUUUACGUCCUAUUAAAGGUGUCUUUUCUUUUUUUUUAAAGGAGAGUAAAUUAAUUAGGAGAGGUCAUUUUAAUUAGGAGAGGUGAUGUAAUGAAUUCUAAUGACUUUAGAGAGUGGCACCAGCUUAGACAAGAGGGAGGGUUUGACAGUUAGGGCCACUCACCACAGAGCCACCAGAGACCAUAGGUACAGAUAAGGCCACUUUGCAGGAAAUGUGGAGUUGCCAUGAUAUUGCUUUCACUGGUGCUCAUCCAUUGUGUCAGCUGAAUUCCAUGUUGGAAAGGCAGAGACUGUCUGCCAGACAUAGACAACUGUCUCCACUGUCAUGCUACUGUUGUUCAAUGCACUGCCUGUAUGAAGAAUGUGACUCACUCCAUCACAAUGGCUAAUUCUGAUCUUUUUUUAACUAAUUGUUUUUCUGACCGAUCAGCUCUGAGAAAAAUCUGAUGUGAAAGGAUCUAAUGUGAUUGGUCAGAAGACCAGUUAGUGGGUAAAAGAUCAGAAUUGGGCUGCCUGUGUAAACGCAGCCUUACUGUCCUAUCUCUCCAUCUCUCUCCUCAUUGCCCUGUUUUUUCCAGCAUACUGUCGUAUGUGCCAAAACGGUCCUAUUUCACAUUGCCAGAUCUGUAUGUGCUUUAUUAGCCAACUCCUCUGACUCUCACAGUCAUGACAUGACAGAAGAGUUGGCUAAACUAAGCACAAACUGAUAUGGGACCAGGCUAACAGAAUAUACCUUUACAAGGUUGUCUGGGUAAUUGCUCUGAGACACUCACUGCUAAUAACCUGAUGUGUGUUUCCUAAUCCUGGUCUUUGAUUACUGCUGAAUAUGAUGGCUCUCUAUCCGUCUUAUCCUACCAUUCAUCUGUUCAUGGAGCUUCAGUUGACCUAGAUGAUAUGAAUGAGUCCAUCUGAAGUCCAUUCUGACGCUUGUUUGAUGAAGAUAAUAACUUAUAGUGGGAGCUGCAGACCAGCGUUCCGUAGUGUUAGGACCAGGAUGUUUAGGAUCUUUGAAACAGUUUUAAACCAGAAACUGCACUGAAUUUAUUGUCAGUCUAAUCACUAAAUCGAAAUUAAUUGAAGUCAAUGGAUAUUGUUAUUACACACCAAUCAGUUUAAAGAUACUGAUCAUUGUUGUGAUCUUGAACGUUCCCCAGGUGAGUGGCUCCUGAGUUGACCUCUGACCUUGGUGUGACUUUGCCAUGACCUCCAAUGCAGCGUGGUAGGGUAGGGUUGUGUGCUAAACCACUCCAGUGCCUUCUGAUGUGGGAUAAUAAAGGUGCAUUCCUGACUAACUCCUGGCCCCCUGACUUGUGUGUGUGUUGAGGAUCGGAGGAGUUUGGGGUGUGUAGCUCUCUCGUAGGAUUGGUAAGCGAUUAUCUCCUCCAUGCUGGCCAGCUCCUGCUUCAGGUUAGGGAGGAAAUGGACCAAUAAGAGCAAUUAUUUAAAGCAAAGUAAUGUUGGAAAACAGAUUCUUAAACUGCCUGGACCACACUAUCUCUGGAUGAAAUGUUUAAUUGAGGAACAAAGUAGGCUGAAGCACUGAUGGUGUUUUACAGUGUUUAAUGUGAAUUGAUUAUAGUGUGAAUAAA